AUAUGCAUUGGAGAGAGCGCCGAGCGCGAGGGAAGAAGCUAGGCAGGCGGCGCGCCAGCGGGGCAGUUUUGACAUGCCUAGUCUGGCCUGGCGCUGGCCGCCUACGGGGCAUUAUAAGUACGGUUCGGUCGAUUGAAUUGCGAGGCGCCGGGAAGUUAAACAAGAACAGCUGGGGAUGUUGGAUCAAAGACCUUAUAAUAUUGUUGGAUGUACUCCCAGUUUCAUCUUUGUGAAGAACAAAUGUAAAAAUGCUGGUUGGAAGGCUCUCCAGAAGUGUUCCAUUGAUGAGCAAGGCCCUCACACAGUGCAGAUGUCCUUGUCAUUCUAACCAUCAAGCUGUUUCCCAAACCAUGUCUGUAGCAAGGAACUAUUCAGAUAACAGGUCUGUGAGUUUAUCUUAUGGUGUUCAUGAACCAAAGCGGGUAACAGAUUCUAGUUAUCACCCAGUGCUUGUCUUACAUGGUGUGUAUGGAUCUCGGAAAAAUUGGGAGUCUUUGGCAAAACGUAUGGCAUUGGAGCUGUCCAGACCAAUUGUGACCAUUGAUGCUCGGAACCAUGGCCAGAGUAGCCAUUCAGCUAUCAUGAACUACGAAGCAAUGGUCAAUGAUAUUUUAUCACUGUUGGAGCUUGAUCUCAUGACGGAUCGAUGUGACCUCGUGGGGCACAGCAUGGGAGGUCGCACUGCAAUGGCUCUUGCACUGUCUCAUCCUGAAGUCCUGAACAAGCUUGUGGUUGUUGAUGUCACCCAUAAAGCUGUUGAGACUGGCAGAGAUACAGUUAGCUACAUCCAAAUCAUGAAAGAUGCCAAGCUGGAUCAUUCUGUGUCUUUGAGUCAGGCUAAGAAGGAUUUGAAUGUACAGCUACAACCUGAGAUUCCAGAUACUGGUGUACGGAACUUUUUACUAACCAACCUAAUCCAGGAGAAUGGUCAUCUUAGAUGGAGGGUUAAUCUAGAUGCUAUUGGAGAAAACAUGGAGCAUCUAAAAAGGCUCCUUAUACCACCAGGAGCAUGCUACACAGGAGAUACACUCUUUAUAGGAGGAUCUAAUUCUAUCUACCUCAGACCUGAAGACUAUCCAGAGCUCAAGAAUCUCUUCCCCAAUGCCAGUUUUAAAUCUAUAGAGGGUGCUGGUCACUGGGUCCAUUCUGAGAAGCCUGCAGAGUUUCUUCAAACCAUUCUUCCAUUUCUCAAGGAUUCUUCAUGACGUUAUGUGUGGAGUGAGCUAUUGGGAUUCUAACGGUUCUGCUGAAAACAAAAACAGGGUAAUGUGGAGAACAGGCUACAAAUUGAAGAAAACAUUAAAUGUGAUAUUGUGUUUUGCCAGUCAUUCUUAGUUUUAACACUGACACAGCAAUUAACCUGGCCAUUGAUGUAAUGGAUUGAUAGGUUCUUUACCGUUUUUUUAAUUCUGUCAUUUGAAAUGUGUAACUUAAGAAGAUUUUUUUUAUAGAGGUUUUACAGUUAAUGAAUAACAGUAAAUAUUAAAGGUAAAGGCAUGUAUCAACAUUUUCACUUUCUUGCUUUCUCUGGCCAAUCAAAUUCAGUAGUAUUUCCAGUAAAGUCAAGUCUUUCCAGUUUUCAAUGUUGUCUCAUGUAAACGAAUUCCCCAUUAUUAUACCUAUUUGUAUGCUUGAAAUCUGAGACGUGCAAGGUGAAUCACAAUCAUAGAGUUGCUUGUGUCCACUGUGGGUAAAGAGCAUAUAUUUAGUUGUAACCUCCAUCUCUUGUAACCUCCAUCAUAGGAAACACCAAAUGUGGAUUAGAGUAUGAAGAAAUAUGCCACACUUUUGCUACUUCUGUAUUUCAAUUUCAUUUAUAAUAAUAAAAGGUUAAAAUUUAAAUUCAGUAGCGUUAAGAGAGGUGAAAUAUCAAGAAUUAUUACGUUUAGAGUUUGGACAUUAUUUUUUAAAUGAUUGAUGAAAAUAAUAAAAUAUUUCCUUUGUAUGCAGAGGUACUGUGUCUCUUUUAAGAGGCAUUUUUUCAACUUUAUCUUGACUGCUGGCAAUUACACAUAAAAUAUGAUUAGAAAGAGAGGAGAAAACAAGGCUGGGGAAAAAUAUUCCAUUUUAAAGUGCAAUGUAUUUGCUGUUCCUUAAUGAAAGCCAUUAAACUUAAAUUGAUCAUUGCACUCUAAAUUGGCAACACAAUGUGAAUGAAACAAAAUCAUAAUUUAAGGAUUAAAAACUUAUAAAUAAAAUCCAGAGGAGUGGAAACUUAUCCACUUUGACAAUAAAAUAAUUGGGUUCCUCUAUGAAAUGCUCCUACACCCUAGAUUGGGGUGUUUUUCCAUGCUUAUACAUCCAAUAUCUUGCAUUUGUAUUAUCACUGGAAGUUUUCCUUGCCAACAACUCAAAUCAAUUGCUCCAUUUUGAGUAUUCUGUAUGGAUUAUGACACCCAUAUUAUAUGUUUUCUUGAAAAUACAAAUUCCUCAAGUUGUAUUACUUCCCACUCUAUUGUGAAUUUACAGUAUAACAUGCUUGAAUGUAACUCAAAUGAAAACAAUGGGCACAAAUCUUAUAGAAGAAAUGCAAGUUUAUUCACAGUUAAAGAUAGAGAGCAGUAAAUAUUACAGCUACCACCAGAAGACAAAACAAUCUAGAAAACAUUGUGUUUAUCAUUUUACAACAUUUAUGUGCACACGAGCAUUACUAGACAGCCAUUUAAAUCCUGGAUCAGGAACUUUGUUGUAUGUUAUUCUCAGGUACCAUUCUUUUUAUAUUAGUAUGAUACAAUUGCCAACUUUUGGAUCUUGAUCAGAGGUGUUUUGUUAAUCACAAAUAUCCUGAACAGAAGGGAGACACAACAUUUGCUUCUGCCACAAUUGUUCCUGCGACAAAUUAUCCGGUGUGUAUAUCUCAGAGGGCAUAGGGUUAAAGUUAGGAUUGUAAUAGAGUUUUUUGUUCAGAAUAAUGUAGAUUAUGAUCAGGAUUUAUAUAAUUUGGAGGUUAGGUUUUAUAUUUGGCUUAACGUGCAGAUUUUCAAUCGCAGCAAUUUUCGCCAGAGCAAAUGUCCUGGAGACGUUCAGAAGUGCAGUUGACAUAUAAUUGGUACAAAGUUGAUUGACAUUAUAUUGCUGCUUAUUUUACAUGUAUUGAUUAUAUUAAUAUUAAUUUAUAUAUUAUAUUAAAUAAUAUUUAUUGACUUUA